UACUGCAUUGAGAAUCCAUAGAAAGAGACGGGAAGACCGAAGCAAGUAUUCAGAACUUUGAAAUGAGCCCGAAGCGAUCCGAGCAUGUCUGGGGCUGUUUCCUGCUUCUUAAUUAAAAAAAUAAGUGAUUUGAUUCAGAAGAAUUUUGUUCUACAAUCAUGACUGAAGAAAAGAAUCUGGGGGUGUCUCAGAGUGCCUUGUCACAUUCAAGAAGUACUAGCAGCUGUUCUUCUAAACAAGGAAGUCGGCAGGACAGCUGGGAAAUCAUAGAAGGACUUCGUGGAGUCAUGAGUUGCACCCAGGAACCUCAGAAGCAGGAAGGCUAUUUGCUGAAAAAAAGGAAAUGGCCUCUGAAAGGCUGGCAUAAGAGAUGGUUCUUUCUGGACAAAGGAAUUUUGAAAUAUGCUAAGAACCCAGCCGAUACAGAGAAAGGGAAGUUGCAUGGAUGUAUAGAUGUUGGCCUUUCGGUGAUGUCUGUGAAGAAAUCAACUAAAUGCAUAGAUUUGGAUACUGAGGAACACAUUUAUCAUUUGAAGGCAAAAUCUCAGGAAGUAUUUGAUGAAUGGGUAGCAAAACUGCGUCAUCAUAGAAUGUAUCGUCAAAAUGAAAUUUCCAUGUUUCCAUAUGAUAUCAACAAUCAUUUCUUCUCAGCCUCAACAUCUAUAGCAGAUUCAGUAACUGGUCUUUUGGAAUCAACAGCAAACAAAAAGAGAGGCAGCAUGACACAGCAAAAUUCAGUGCAGGCGGGAAGUUCUAUGUCAUUCCCUUGUUUAAAUGAAUCAAGAAUUCCAACUUGUUUGAAGUCAUCUGAAGAUAUGGAAAGAUGUUCAAAAGACCUCUCCCAUUGUCAGAACUAUCUCUUGGAGAUGACCCAGCUUUUACAAAGCAUGGAAGUUCUCCAUAGGACAUAUUCGGCACCUGCCAUAAAUAUUCAGCAAGGUCUCCUUUUUGAAAGUCCCAAAAAAGAAAAAAGAACACACCGAAGAUGGCGUUCUAGAGCUCUUGGUAAAGAUGCUAAAGGGAUGUUGCAGGUACCAGCUGUUCUUUCUGCUCCAUUAAGGCUGCAUGCUUCAAAUCCUAAUUUAUCUACAUUAGAUUAUGGGGAUGAAAAAAUGUAUUCAAAUGGUUCUGAGGUGACAUCAGAAUUUUCUAAAUUGCAAGAGGACUUGUGUCACAUAGCUCACAAAGUGUACUUUACCUUAAAGUCAGCUUUUAGUACGAUUUCAACAGAAAAAGAGAAGCUGAAGCAGAUGUUUGACCAUGAUUCAAUCGCAUCUCCAUCUGCUCAGAUAAUUGGACUGAAGAAUGCCUUAUCAUCUGCCAUAGCACAAAACACAGAUCUUAAAGAACGGUUAUGCAGAAUACAUGCCGAAUCUAUGCUCCUUGAUUCAGCUGCUAAUGCAAAUUCGAGCCCAGAUUUUGUAAAGGAAAGUUCUGAACAUCAAAAUAGGAGUUUGGUUCACCAAAUAUCCAAUGAAAGCAGACUAUCAAUAACAGAUUCACUCACUGAAUUUUUUGAUGCACAGGAAGUUCUACUGUCUGCCAGUUCUUCAGAAAAUGAGGUAUCUGAUGAUGAUUCAUAUGCCAGUGAUAUAAGUGAUAAUAUUUCCGAAGACAACCUAAGUAACGACAUAGAGAAUGAAAGGCAAACACUUGAUUGUGCCCCAGACGGUAUUGUGGAAUGCUAUACAAGGCGGAGGACACGUCUACCAGCCCCAUGCCCCAAUACAAGUAAUAUCAGCCUCUGGAACAUUCUACGGAAUAAUAUAGGAAAAGAUCUCUCCAAGGUGUCAAUGCCUGUUGGGCUGAAUGAACCUUUGAACACUUUGCAGAAGCUUUGUGAGGAACUGGAAUAUAGUGAAUUGCUAGAUAAGGCAGCAUUCACACCUAAUCCUUUUGAAAGGAUGGUUUAUGUGGCUGCUUUUGCAGUCUCUGCCUACGCAUCUAGCUACUACAGAGCUGGAAGUAAGCCAUUCAAUCCUGUGCUUGGAGAAACCUAUGAAUGUAUCCGUGAAGAUAAGGGUUUCCGAUUUUUUUCUGAACAGGUCAGUCAUCACCCAGCUAUAUCUGCAUGUCAUGCUGAAUCUGAUAACUUUAUAUUUUGGCAAGAUAUCAGAUGGAAAAAUAAAUUCUGGGGAAAAUCCAUUGAAAUAGUACCAAUUGGCACAACACAUGUAAUUUUGCCAGGUUUUAAGGACCAUUAUGAAUGGAAUAAAGUAACAUCUUGCAUUCAUAAUAUUUUAAAUGGACAACGAUGGAUAGAACACUAUGGAGAGAUUAUAAUCAAAAAUCUGAAUGAUGAUAGCUGUCACUGCAAGCUUACUUUUGUAAAGACUAAAUAUUGGAAUCGCAGUGUUCAUGAUAUUGAAGGCAAUGUUUUAGACAAAAAUGGAAAAGUAGUACAUCGACUUUUUGGAAAAUGGCAUGAAAAUAUUUAUUGCGGAACACCAUCUUCACCAAACUGUAUCUGGAGAGCAAAUCCAAUGCCUAAAGACUAUGAACAAUGGUAUGGUUUCACACAGUUUGCAUUAGAAAUAAAUGAAUUUGAGUCCAUCAGUAGACCACUGUUACCACCUACUGAUACCCGAUUUAGGCCAGAUCAAAGGUUCUUAGAAGAAGGAAAUAUUGAAGGGGCAGAAAUACAAAAACAAAGAAUUGAAGAGCUGCAGAGAGCACGGAGGAAAGUUCUAGAAGAAAGCAAUAUAGAACAUCAUCCUAGAUUUUUCAGGAAAUCUGCAGAUGACUCUUGGGUAAGCAAUGGAACUUACCUGGAACUUAGAAAAAACCCUGGAUUUUCCAUGCUGGAUAAUCCUGUGUUGUGGUGAAAAAGAAUCAAAUGAAGAGGAUCUUUAACAAUCCUUUUGUUUGUAAGGAAGAAAAUAAUGCAUAUAACUUUGAUCUUAUAGACUAUUACUUAAGACUUUGGCAUGCAUGUAUAUUUACUUCAUUCUGUUUCUCUUCUAUUUCAAAAUUAAUAUUUUUUCAAAGUUACAAAAAUAAUUUUCUUUAUAUAUAAAUCGAUGAUUACUGAAUGUUAUUUUUAAAUGGAGACAAGAGAGAUUAACACUAUUUUUCCAAAGGAUGAUGCAAGUAAGAUUUAAUGCCUUAUAAAGUUGUGUGACAAAUAUUAUGAGUCAGCAGCAUUUACCCGCACAAACACAAAUAGCUGACAUUGAUCCCUCAGCAGGGCAAUACCAAAGCUGCUGUUUAUUUAUUAUGUCUAUUGUUUGAAUUUAAACACUGGACUAUUUUUCAAUAGAUUUGGUACCUUAAUAUUGUAUCUAAUUUAAAAAAAAAUUCAAAGAAAUAAUGUAAGUGGUAGUAGUAUUGCUAAUUCUACUGCCUUAUAAAAAAGAUAAAGAACUUUGGGAAGUUCUCUUAUGACUUGAUGAAAUGAACUGAAAACCGUUGAAGAAUUGAAGAGUUUAGCAGAACUUUAACAGAAGAGAUUCCAAGAAAAUUGUGUACCAAAUUUUUAUCAUAGGAUGUAUAUGGAUAAUGCUGUAUAGAAAGCCACUGCAACUCCUUUGAAAGAGAUACUUUAAAAAGCAUACAAAGCAUGGUCAUGUCUUUUUUUCCUUCUCGGCUUGUGUGGCUGUUUUGGAAAGUUGCUUCAAGCUGCCUUCAUAUGUGCAUGGAUGCACAGAUAUUUUACUUGAUAUGGAGAGAGCCAUUCAAGUCUGGAAAAAGGCAUGGUUGCUUGAGUGAUUCAUCUGUUCUCUCUCUCUCUCUCUCUCUCUCUCCCUCCCUCC